CCCACCUCCGGCCUCGCACACCCCUGCAUCUCCAUCAACCUUUUCUGUCAGAACAGAGAGAAGCGACGACCAGAGAAGCCGCCGUCGGAGCAAAGAGAAGCAGAGACCCCCUUCCUGCCCAUAUUUCACUCGACAGGACUCUCCGAUCUUAUCAGAUGGUGCAAGAUCUGCAAUAGGCCGGCCUGGCACGUCUCUCUGAGACGGUGGUGAAGAGAAGUCGAGAUGGGACGGGAGACUACCUGGGGGCGGCAGCGACAACGGCAUAUGAG